CGCAUCAGAGCCGCCGUAUUCACGCUCCAGACACGAGACACAGAAGCUCUUCCAGGCCCUCAAUUCGAACUGUUCAGUCAAGACAUUGACCAUGGAGCACAAACCGACGUUCAUGGAAAACAUCCUGCGCACCAAGCCGCUGCAGGUGAUCAAAGCUGAGGAGGCAGCUGAGGAACUCCCACGUCAGAUGAACUUGUUCGAUCUCCUGUGUAUCGGUAUUUCUGCCAGUGUGGGCAGCGGCAUCUUCUCCACGACUGGCGAGAUUAUCAGCGGCACUGCGGGUCCUGCUGCCUUUGUGAGCUGGAUCAUCGCCGGUAUCGUGUGCAGCAUCAACGCUCUGGCCUACAUGGAAAUGGUGACUCAAGUGCCGUCGUCAGGUAGUACCUACGCGUACUCGUUCUACGCUCUUGGUGAGCUACCGGCCGUGGUCGCAGCUUGGUUGGUCUCGCUCGAAUACGGUGUCUCUGGAUCUGGUGUGGCUCGCAGUUGGGCCACCAAAGUGCAGGAGUGGCUGGAAGAGGAACAUCCGACACACUCUUACCAAUGGAUGAACGAGGACUACACGAAUCUGCUGGGUGCUGUGUUGAUGGCACUGUGCGUCGCUGUGCUUCUCUUGGGUAUUCGCUUCAGCAAGUGGUUCAUCAACAUCUUCACGACGGUCAAAGUCUUCGUGGUGCUCUUCAUCAUCGUCGCUGGGUUCGCCUACAUUGACGUCGAUAAUCUUUCGCCGUUUGUUCCUGAUCGUCAAAGUGUUGACGGUGCAAUGGCUUUCGGAGCCCAAGGAAUCAUCACUGGAGCAUCGUCAGCUUUCUUCGGAUACGUUGGUUUCGAUGAGGUGUGUUGUCUGGCUGCAGAGGCCAAGAACCCCAAGAAGACUAUGCCACUGGCUGUCAUCGGCACCGUCUUCGGGAUCAUGUUCCUGUCGUCUUUCGCUUCACUAGCUUUGUCCGGCCUGGUUCCGUAUGAUAAGGCGACGAGCUUUGGCGCUGGGUUCGACUACGCCGGUCAGAACUGGGCUGCUCAGAUCGUCCGUGCCGGUGAGACGUGCACUAUGCCAUUGGUGGUACUAGUGAGUUUCCUGGCCCAACCGCGCUUGAACUACGCUCUGUCGUGCGAUGGUCUGAUGCCUCGCAUCUUCGCUAAGGUCGACGAGAACGGCAAUUUGUUCCAGAACACACUCAUCACUGGCGUCUUGUUCACCGUUGUCGCCUUCCUCGUGCCCUUCAAUACUCUAUGGGACGUCGUGAGCUUCGGUAUUCUUCUGUCCUUCAACAUGACCAACUCGUCGCUGCUUAUGAUCCGCAUGCGUCGGCAAUCACCUUCUCUGGCGCCCAAGCUCAUUGGUCUCAUGGUGGGCUCAGCGUGGCUAGCAGCUUUCUUCUACCAGAUCGGCUACUCGAACGAAGGUCACGUGUGGUGUCUCGUCUUGGGAAUUAUCUUCCUCGUGGUCACGAUCAUCGCGUGUUUCGCCAUGUACUUCAAAUGUCCUCAGGAUAAUCCAGGAGCCGACUGCUUUGCAUCUCCAUUCGUGCCUUUCAUCCCCACGAUUUCAGUGCUGGCCAACUUCUACCUGGCUGCGCAGAUCAACUACACGGGCAUUUACGCCAGCAUCGCUUGGUUGGCAGCUAGUGUGGUCUUCUACUUCAGCUACGGUUACAAGCACUCUGCUGGCCGCAGUGGCUGGAGUUCGCUGCUGAACUUGCCACGCAAUUCCACACUGCGCUCGCCCAUGAUCUCGACUGCCGACAAGAAGCAGCUCCAGGAGUAGAAGUUGAAUUUUGUUAAUCGUACGAAUACACGCACAAUACCAGGAACAUCUUGCGAGUAUUAAUCAGCUUCAGCCGUUGCAGCCA